CCUCCUGUGACUGCCUCCACGUCAUUUUCUUCGCCUGAGGCGCGUAGGACACGUCACGUCCUGGCUUUUGUGACACGACCGAAUCGAACCGAAAGCAAAGCACACACAUAUUAGCAAGACGCAAGAACGCCGAGCAGAUAUCAACUUGCACCUCUUGGCACCAUGAACGUGUUUGAGCGCAACAUCAACUUGGACGCCGUCUUCAAGUUCUCCCAAAUAUCUCAUUCCACCCAGCUGCACUUGAAGAAUGUCUACUCCAGCUUGGCAGUGUGCAUGUUUGCGGCCGCAGCCGGCGCCUACACGCGUGUUGUCUUGCGCCUCUUCCAGGGUGGUGUGAUUUUUGGACUGGCAUCGCUCGGCCUUAUGGCGUGGCUCGCCAUGAUGCCGCACAACGCCGAGACGGAGAGGAAGAGGCUGGCCAUCCUGGUGGGAUUCGCCUUCCUCAACGGAAUCGGCCUUGGUCCCACGCUGGACUUUGUCAUCGCUGUCAACCCCAGCAUCAUUGUCACAGCCUUCAUGGGAACCUCGCUUAUUUUCAUUUGCUUCACUCUCAGCGCCCUCUAUGCCAAACGCAGGAGUUACCUGUUCCUCGGAGGCACGCUGAUGUCGGGGCUGUCCAUCCUCUUCCUGACGUCUCUCCUGAACGCUUUCUUUGGCUCCGUCGUGCUCUUCAAGGCUCACCUGUACCUGGGCCUGCUGCUGAUGUGCGGCUUUGUCCUCUUCGACACCCAGCUCAUCAUCGAGAAGGCGGAGAACGGAGACAAGGACUACGUGUGGCACUGUGUGGACUUGUUCCUGGACUUCAUUACCAUCUUUAGGAAGCUGAUGGUCAUCUUGGCCCUCAACGACAGGGACAAGAAGAAGGAGAAGAAGUAGACAAGUUCACUUGCGUGCCUGAAAACGAGUCGACGUGUCCGACGAGACUCGAUUUGCUGCGCGCUCUUUACUUUUGACUGUCUUUCUUAAACGAGCUCCUGCGGUCUUACGAUCUGAUUGCAAAUGAUUUGAUCUUUCUUUUCCUGUCGAACCUCUGAGGGUCAAUAGUUUGUCCGUCCGUGUAAAACUAAUGCUAGUCCCGGGAGCGGGAGGAGACUAACACUGCAGUGAAUAUGCUUGGCCUGCAGAGGGCAUCGUUGCGCUGUGACGUGCCCCCUCGUUCAAGUCUUUGACGCUGUUGUUGUUUUUUUAGUGCCACAAUGAUAGGCUCCCAUUUAGCGAGUGACGUGACCACAUGCAUUGAUUUGCUUCAUUUGAAUUUCUUUUGUUUUGCUGCGUGCGAUUUGGACGCGGGUUCCUUUCCAAAUGUCCUCGGAAGUCUUUUUGAAUUCUCUCGGACUUUCCCGAGUCCCAUUUGAGGGCCUUUGCCCCAAGUUUUUGACUGCGCUUUUUCUCGCCUCUUGUAAAUUUACACCAAUGUCUGAUAGUUUGCCAAAUGAAGUUAACCUGGAAUUUUCAAGGGUCUACUGUGAAAAAUGUAUUUUGUGGAUGUAAAAGUAAUAAUUUGAUACAUUUGCUCAAAUAAAUGUGUUGAAUGCA